AUGGCUCCCCGCGUCGGGACGUUCCGUGUACCUCCUCAGCCUAGCUAUACCACUGCUAUCGACCCGUUGGAUCUAGACUAUCCUUUAGGAGGGGUCGCAGACGAACGUCCAGGCCUUGAGUCAGAUGAUGAAAUAACAGCCUUUACCUCACGCUUUAGAAAGGCUUCCAAAACGCCUCGAAAUGGUUCAGCUGCAGAUGUGGUCUUUGCGCGAUCCGAUUUCGACGAUCUUCGAGCAACAGUGGAACAACUUGGGUCGCAGAUGAGUAGUAUUGCAGAUGUCCUACGGCAAAAUCUUGGGAGUAUUGGCGCUGGUGCUAUCGGUGGUAGUUUACCCGUCCAGUUUGACCUCCCAACUAUAGACAGUUUCAAAAAGCCUACCUCCAACAAAAAGCCAAAGAAACCGAGAGUCUCGCCAGACAUUGUUUAUUCCGCCGAGGUAUAUCCACAUGACGCUCCUGGACGAACACAGAGUCAAUCGGCAAAGGUCAUCAAAAGCAAAUUCCCUAUAAGCGCCAGGCAGAGUCGCAGGAGGGAGAAACUGACUAAACAACUUGAAGAUGCUUACACCACUGGUGACUUGCCGGUGUUCGAUGUCCACAAGUAUCUCUCUGGUGCUAAAAUUGGCCGCUUCGGUCCACGUGCUGUUGCCGCCAGUGGUAGUAGCUCCAGUGACUCGGAUAACUCCAGUUACGAUUCUUAUCGAUACGACGACAAUCUUAACAUCAGAUACGAUGACCGAUAUGAUCCAUCAGGCAGGAGAGCGAAUAAUAUUCUCAACGGUUCAUUCGAGAUUGUUCAAGAUGGAGGGACAUUGCUCCACAUAUAUUCACCUCAUGUGAUCCGAGCUAUUGAGUCGGUGGCAGGCAAUUUCCCCGGAAUCGCCCGUGAUACUCGAUCGUUGAUCGUCCCAGAGCCAUUUUGUGCACUGUUGUACUUUCGCGACGAGUUAUUGCAAGGAGAUGCUAUUGACUUGGCUUCUCAAGACGCGCAACCAACAGUAAAUGGUGAUGCCGAUUCAGAUGCAACAGACUCCGAAGCAUCUGAUGAUGAGGAGGUAACGCGCGAAGAUGCACUUAUUCAUAUGAAGCUGUUAUAUUCUUUCCUUGACCCACAUUGCCUCUCGGACAUGCUCCGAGAGAAAAGUCGCUGGCAGCGUCCCACCCCAGUCUGUACUUUUGAGUGGCUGUGGCUCAUGUUUCCUCCGGGAGAGCUUAUAUAUGAAGGAGGUACCACCGAUAUCGAGAUGAUGCAGGCAUAUCAAGUCAAGAGCUUCUCUCUCGAAGGCCCUUUCAAAUAUGAUGACGAUGAUAAGCCCAUUGUGAACACAAGAAGAUUACGCCGAAGGGAUAAAAUGUCGGCAGGUCAUUCUAUCAAGCGGUUGAAUAUCCGAGUCGCAUACCGCACGCACGAUGGCAGAAGAGCAACCUUGAAAACGAAACUGUUUGUGGUCCAUCCAUUCAAGGGCGAAAGAAAUAUAAAUGAGCUUGAGAUAUACCCGGCCAAAUAUUUCAAGGAUCCUGAUGGGGCUACUCGGAAACGACUGGUCGAACGUGGCCGUCGCUAUCAAAAUCUGGCAUCAAGAGGCCAAUUCGAUUAUCAUGGCGAUACCUUUUCCGGUGUACGUCGUCGACUCGACACUAGAAUUGUCGUCGAUUUGGAGACAUACUUUUACGCACCUAAAGCGACAGCUGCACGGCCCAUUGAUGCCGAAGACGAGCCCUUGUACGGUUCCAGAGGUCGACCACCGUUAUACCCAGAAGCCGAUCGCUCCGUAUAUGACGACAGUGCCUCUGAUGUAGGUUACAGGACAUAUAGAAGGCCUGGCCGGAGUGCGGAUCGAUGGCGGGGCAGAGCACCUAAGACGUUUCAGUCUACCUCAUCAAACAAGAAGCUUAAAUUGGUCGCGAAUGAAGAGCUUCCUGAGGAGCAGUAUCUCAUAUGCGUGCCCACGAUUCAAGCGUACAUUCUGCAAGAACGUCUUUGGGAAACUCUUGCAGUGGGAUCGAUAUCUGAGUGUGUCUACAACGAGCGUCUUCUGGACGAGUUACAGAUCUCAAACGAAGCUCGCCGUCUGGUCCAAGCACUAUCGCGUAACUAUACCAACAAGUUGAAGAACCUGAACUCGAAAGAUGGUUCGAACGAAGAUCAACAAGCUCCGUGGACUUCAGAUUUCAUGCCCAACAAGGGUGGAGGCCAGAUUAUCCUCCUUCAUGGCAAGCCCGGAGUCGGCAAAACCACCACAGCAGAAUGCAUCGCGGAACUCUCGCACCGCCCUCUCCUGACAAUCACCUGCGGUGACCUCGGCACACACGCAUACGACAUCCAACGAGAACUCGAACGGUGGCUCCACCUCGGCACGCUGUGGAACUGCGUGCUCCUCUUCGACGAAUCCGACGUAUUCCUCGAGUCGCGCACGCACGGCGACAUCUACCGCAACAGCAUCGUGUCCGUCUUCCUCCGGGCGAUCGAAUACCACACGGGCCUCAUGUUCCUGACGACCAACCGAAUCGGCAGUUUUGACGAGGCGAUCCUGUCGCGCAUCCACGCGGUGCUACACCUGCCGAACCUGAGCAUCGAAAACCGGCGCGAGAUCUGGGACACGUCGUUCCGCAAACUCGCUGAUGAGCGUCCGAUGAUUAAAGUCGACUUUGCGGUGAUGAACUACGCUUACAACGAUGAGAGGAUUCAGAAGUUGGAUUGGAACGGACGCGAGAUCAGGAAUGCUUUCAAUACCAUGAUUGCGUUGGCCGAGUGGGAUGCUCAGCAUAAUGAUAAGUACACGAAGGAUGGCAAGGUGUUAGUGACGCGCAUGCAUUUGGAAGAGGUCGCGACCAUGAGUGGCACUUUCAAGGAGUAUCUAGAGGAGUUGAGAGGCAUGACUGAGGAUGAUCAUAUGAAGACUCAGGGGAUUCGUGGCAAAUGA